AUGAAAAACAGAACUUUGACAGAGUUCAUCCUGCUGGGACUCACAGAUAUCCCAGAGCUUCAAAUAGUCAUUUUCAUUUUUCUCUUCCUUGCGUACAUGUUCAGUAUUUUAGGUAAUCUGACAAUCAUCACCCUCACACUGCUGGAUCCCCAUCUCCAGACUCCCAUGUAUUACUUCCUCCGCAAUUUCUCCUUCUUGGAAAUUUCCUUUACAACCACUUUUACCCCUAGGCUGCUGUUCAGCAUCUUAACUGGGAAUAAGACUAUCAGCUUUGCUGGGUGCUUCACUCAGUAUUUCUUUGCCAUCUUCUUUGGGGCCACGGAGUUUUACCUUCUGACUGCCAUGUCCUAUGACCGCUACGUGGCUAUCUGCAAACCCCUGCAUUACACCACCAUCAUGAACAACAGGGUGUGCACGCAGCUGGUUCUGUGCUCCUGGCUGUGUGGAUUCCUGAUCAUCUUAUCCCCAAUUACACUGACCAGUCAGCUAGACUUCUGUGCCUCCAAUGUGCUGAAUCAUUAUUGUUGUGACUACGGGCCCCUUAUAGAAAUAUCUUGCUCAGACACAAGUGCACUGGAACUGGUUGAUUUUAUCUUGGCAAUUAUGACCUUGGUGGUCACACUGGUGCUGGUGGUAGUUUCCUACACAAGCAUCAUCAGGACCAUUCUGAAGAUCCCUUCUUCUCAGCAAAGGAAAAAGGCCUUUUCCACAUGUUCUUCGCACCUGAUGGUCAUCUCCCUCUCUUAUGGAAGCUGCAUCUUCAUGUACCUAAAGCCAUCAGCAAAAGAAGGAGUUGUUUUCAAUAAGGGGGUCGCUGUGCUCAAUACUUCUGUUGCCCCUUUACUGAACCCGUUCAUUUAUUCUCUAAGGAACAAACAGGUAAAACAAGCCAUGAAGGACAUGUCUAGAAAAAUAUUGCAUCUAUAUUCAUUUUAA